AUGCCACCGACCGAGUCAAAUACGGGAAAGGAAUCCGUGAUGCAGCCAGGUACCAUGAAUGAGAAGUCAUCUUUACGACUGGAAGAAACUUUUCCGCCUCCACCUCCUAACCUCGAAGCCUAUGUCGUUGAAUUCAAUGGCCCCGAUGACCCGACACAUCCUUACAACUGGAGACUAUCUGCCAAGCUUUUUCCCGCUAUAUUAGUCUGUUCAGGGACAUUCAUCGUAUCAUUAACAAGCGCCAUCUUCGCCCCGGGGAUCGACAAAGCCAGCGCAGAAUUCAAUGUCAGUUCAGAAGUCGGAUCACUUGGCACAUCUCUAUACGUCCUUGGCUUUGCAUGUGGGCCUCUAAUAUGGGCUCCCGCCUCCGAGCUACGUGGAAGGAAAUGGCCUUUAACCAUCGCCAUGCUUGGCGGAGGCAUUUUCACAAUCGCGUCAGCCGUAGCCAAAGAUAUACAGACACUGAUAAUCUGUCGCUUCUUCGCUGGGAUGUGUGGUGCGAGUCAGCUCACUGUUGUUCCCGGCGUCCUGGCAGAUGUCUUCGAUAACACAUAUCGGGGGAUGGCUAUCUCGCUGUAUGCUUUGACAGUAUUUGUUGGUCCAUUCACAGCGCCUUUUCUCGGUGGAUUCAUUACAGCGAGCUACCUGGGAUGGCGAUGGACGCUUUAUCUACCGGCCAUUCUGAGCUUUGUUAAUGGGUGUAUUUCGGUUUUCUUUCUUCGUGAAACCUAUGCCCCUUGUUUGCUUGUUGCGAAAGCGGCUUAUUUACGCCAGCAGACUGCCAACUGGGCGAUUCAUGCCAAGCACGAGAAGAUUGAGGUGGACUUGAUGCAGCUUGUGGAGAAGUACUUUACGCGGCCGUUGAAGAUGCUGACCACCGAGCCGAUUAUUCUUCUUGUCUCCCUCUACAUGUCCUUUAUCUAUGGGCUAGUGUAUGCGCUUCUGGAGGCUUAUCCUUAUGUCUUUCAGCAUACAUAUGGGAUGAACAUCGGAGUGGAUGGACUGCCAUUCAUCGGCUUGAUCAUAGGUCAGCUCAUUGCUUGCUCUUUCAUCAUUUCCCAGCAGGGGACCUAUGCACGAAAGCUAGCCGAGAACAAGAAUGUCCCUGUGCCUGAAUGGCGACUAACUCCCACUAUACUUGGGGCUCCAGUAUUUACAAUUGGAAUUUUCUGGUUCGGCUGGACGAGCUUUACUCCUGCAAUUCACUGGGCUGUUCCCACUGCAGCGGGAGUUUUCAUUGGAUUUGGAGUUCUGUGCGUCUUUCUUCCGUGCUUCAAUUACCUGGUCGACUCUUAUAUUUCACUCGCCGCGUCUGCUGUUGCCGCCAACAUUAUACUGCGCUCAUCGGUCGCUGCAGGCUUUCCGCUAUUCACCAAGCAAAUGUUUGAGAACAUGGGAAUUCAGUGGGCUUGCACGCUACUUGGAUGCUUAGCCGCGGUCAUGAUUCCAAUUCCUCUUGUGUUCAGAGCCUAUGGGCCAUCCUUGCGAGGGAAGAGCAAGCUCUUUCAGUAA